AUGGCUAUCCCAAGACCGUUGCGUGCUUUGGCGAUAGUAUCUGCUUUUUUAUUGUUCUACCUCCUCUUCCAGGCCUUUAGAACCCCGCCAACAAUACAUGGACCAGGCGAUCUGGAGCAUGAGCUUCCUAACGAGCCGACCUUACAAGAGUACGGCGAACCUCCUCCACCUUUAUGGCGAGCCGAUGGGUAUGCUGCGGACAAUCCCGAUUCACCUCGCAUUAAUGCGACACUGCUGGCGCUGGUACGAAAUGAGGAGCUAGAUGGUAUGCUGGUAUCCAUGAGAGACUUGGAGCGAACAUGGAACUCAAAAUUCAACUACCCCUGGACAUUUUUCAACGACGUCCCCUUCUCAGAAGAUUUUAAACGUCUAACCCAGAUGGAGACGAAAGCAAAAUGCAAUUAUGAAUUAAUUCCCAAAGAACACUGGGCAGUGCCCUCCUGGAUCAAUAGCGAUCUUUUUGAUGAGUCUGCCAAGAUGCUCGAAGAGCAAGAGGUUCAGUACGGCCCCAUGGUAUCCUAUCAUCAAAUGUGCCGCUGGAAUAGUGGCAUGUUCUACAAACACCCAGCCCUCCAAGAUGUCCGCUACUAUUGGCGCGUCGAGCCAAAAGUACACUUCUUCUGCGACAUUGACUACGAUAUAUUCCGCUGGAUGAAUGAUCACAAUAAGACGUACGGGUUCACGAUCAACCUUUACGAUGCGCCGCAGACCAUACCAACUUUGUGGCCAGAGACAGAAAAGUUCAUGGCGGCACAUCCAGAGUAUUUGCACGAGAACAAUGCGAGGGAGUGGGUCGUGGAUAGCAAAAGGAGGCCGGAACACAAUAUAAAAGCGCACGGGUACAGCACGUGUCAUUUUUGGAGCAAUUUCGAGAUUGCGGACAUGGGAUUUUGGCGUUCCAAACCCUAUGAAGACUAUUUCGAGCACUUGGAUCGAGCGGGUGGUUUCUUCUAUGAGAGGUGGGGGGAUGCGCCGGUGCAUAGUAUUGCGUUGGGACUGUUUGAGGAUAAGAGCAAGAUCCAUUGGUUCCGUGAUAUAGGAUACCAGCACAUACCCUACUUCAACUGCCCUAAAUCGCCCAAAUGUAGAGGGUGUGUCACGGGCCGCUUCACCGAUGGCGAGAGAUUCCUAUUCAAGGAAGAUUGCAGGCCUAAUUGGUUUAAAUACGUGGGCAUGGAUUGA